AUGGGGCUUAGGGAGAUGGGUCUCGACGAGAUGGGUUUGGGGAGAUGGGGUCUCGGUGGCACUGCUCCCACAUACGACCUAAAAGGUCUACCCCCAAAGGAUAGUUUGUCUUUGUUUGUGAAAUUUGCAUUUAAGGAAGGACAAGAUCAAUAUCCAAACCUCUUAGAAAUUGGAAAAGAAAUUGUUGGAAAAUGUAAAGGGAUCCCAUUGGCGAUAAAGACUAUAGCUGGUAUACUUUAUUCAAAAGUUGAUGAGGAUGAGUGGAAAUUUGUGAGAGAUAAUGAGAUAUGGAACUUAGAACAAGAUGGUGGCAUCUUACCUGCGUUAAGGCUUAGUUACAAUCAAUUGCCUUUUCACCUGAAGCAAUGCUUUGCCUAUUGUUCCCUUUUUCCAAAGAAUUAUGUAUUCUGUAGUUUUAAAUUGAUUCAAUUUUGGAUGGCAUAUGGAAUUCUUCAAUCCCCCGCCAAUAAAAAUCAAGAGUUAGAAGAUGUUGGUGAUUUGUAUAUCAAGAAGUUGUUGUUGAGAUCUUUCUUUCAAGAUGAUAAUGUGCACAAAUUCGAGUGCAUUACCUUCAAAAUUCAUGAUCUUGUCCACAAUCUUACACUCUCAAUUGCCCAAGGUGAGUGUUCAGUAGUGACCAAGAAGUCCACUCUUGUUGCAGAAGUUUGUCAUUUAACAUUUUUGGACAAUGACCAAGAAAUUAAAACUCAAUUAGAGAAGUUGAGCAAAGUUCGGACCAUUAUUUUCCAAACUAAUCAACCAAUGUCCUUACUUGAAGUAUGCAUAUCAAAAUUUAAGUACUUGUGGGUGCUUGAUUUGAGGGAAUCAUCAUUCGAGGUGUUGCCAAGUUUUAUCAAAACUUUGAAACAUUUGAGAUAUCUUGACCUAUCAGAUAAUCACAAAAUCAAGCAACUUCCUGAUUCCAUUUGCAAGCUGCAUAGUUUGCAAACUUUAGUGCUUGAAAAUUGCAUCAAUCUUGAAUGA